CCCGUGUUUGAACUUUGACCCGCACGCAAGCUCCUUCUUUCUCUUCCGGUGCCGGCGCCAACUCUAGAUAUUUAAAAAUGGUCCAGCGCCUGACAUACCGUCGUAGGCUGUCCUACAACACAGCCUCUAACAAGACUAGGCUAUCCCGAACACCAGGUAACAGGAUUGUUUACCUUUACACCAAGAAAGUUGGUAAGGCACCAAAGUCUGCAUGCGGCGUUUGCCCAGGAAGACUUCGUGGCGUUCGUGCAGUUCGCCCUAAAGUUCUUAUGAGACUGUCCAAAACAAAGAAGCAUGUUAGCAGAGCCUAUGGUGGUUCCAUGUGUGCUAAAUGCGUCCGUGACAGAAUUAAACGAGCAUUCCUUAUUGAGGAACAGAAGAUUGUUGUCAAGGUGUUGAAGGCACAAGCCCAGAGUCAGAAAUCGAAGUGAUUAUUUGUGUUGUCUGCCUAAUAAAUGAGAAGCUAACUUU